AGUCGGCAAGUCCGUAUGCUAAUGAGCAAAUGCGCAAGAUUUAUCCCAGUCGUCUCGCACGUUUUUCGGACUUUGUUCGGGUCUCGCAGUUCGCGAGAUAAUACACCGCUGAAGUCAUGACUUGAUUACUGCCGUUUGCAUGCACUUUUCAAACGAGAUGUCAGGGUAAGUAGUGAAUCCGAUUUCUCGUGAUUGAAAAUGUAUUUUUCCCGUUUAAAAUGAGUAUUUUUUACCACUGAAAAUGUCUCUUGAAGUGGCAUUAGUAUAUUUUUCUCGUUUUAACAUACCUGAGUUUGUAAGUGGCUGCUGACCCAUCUAAAAACGCAAAUUAUUAGAUUGUUUUUCCUUCGUAUUCUCCAGACUUCGGCCUAUCCACAGACACCGGAUUUGACGGUGCCUUCGAACUAUAACUUGUUCAAAAUUAGGCUUAAAAAUUGCCUAUUUUGAGGGCGAAUAUGUUUUUCUUGGGUGCUAGAGUGGUCACGUGAUCGAGUUUAGGGGAUAAGGAGCUAUUUUGGGCCGUAAAUGCGCUGAUGUUUGCAAUCGGUGCGGAGGUGAAAAACCAGUCCCACAUGUAUAAAUCUGCGUUGGUUUCUCUUGAUCUCACGUUCGGUGGUUUUAUUAAAUUCUAAAAUGUUAGAUCUAGAACUAUUUGGUUGUAAUUAAAUGAAAUACUACAAAUCGAUAAGUGCUAAGGGUAGUAAAAAUGACUUAUGGGUAUGUUGUUUAACCCUGGUAUUGAUUAUAACCACAGACGUUGAAAUUUAGCCUGCCCUUGCAAGGAUAAACUCCAUAGGUCUAGGCAUGAUUGAUAGGCCUAAACCUGAUAAAGAUUUUAAAGCAAGGAAGGAAGGAAUUAAUAAAUAUUAAUUAUUAAUAAAUCAUAGGCUUAUUAAUACUUGGUACUUGGUUGGUUUGCCCUACAAAAUACAUGUCCGAGUUUUAACAGGAGGUGCAGAUAGUAGGGUGGAUUGAUAACGCCUAAUUUAACUUGGAUGUCUAGAAUCUAGUUAGAGUCGACUAACAACAUUGCAAAAAUUAAACUAGAACUUCAUUAAGGCCUAAUUGACUUUGUCUCAUUCCUGGUUCGUUAGACUUUGUCUCAACUUAGACUUGGAGUUGGAUCUUGAUCUACAUUUGUAGUAAAUUGUACUAGCAGUUUGUACUUUUUAGUUUUACCGGUAUUUUCGUAUUGUAAUUUGUAGGACAGAGCCAGGCACCGGACAUUUACCAAAUCUCACAACUCACACGCAGUUGAGAACAAUUUGACGUAAUGAAGGAGUCAAACUUCACCUAAAAAGAGUACCGGUAUUAGACCUAUCUAAUUUUUGAGUUAAUAAUAAUAAUAUAUCAAUCAUUUCUUUCUCUGAAUAUAUUUUCCUUUGACUUAGACCAUAAACAUGUUCCCCUAAUUUGACCUAAAUCUACACUACCUUGCAAUUGUAUUAUUUUUUAUUAAAAGGGGUAGGCCUAUUGUCUUUCUGAAGUUUCUGGCGUGAACUCCCACAACCAAUUUCGUUGAUUAUUAUUAUGACAACGAAGAUGUAAAUAUAUCAUGUACCAGUACCACACUCACCCUAACCUGCAUUGUUCUAGCGUACUGACAAAACUUGUAUACUCAACCAUGGAAUAAUCUAUAGAUUUAGCUAGAUUUUAUUUUUAGCAUUUUUCUAAUUUUGUUCCUAUUUUAUAUCAUGACAUUACAGGUAUCCCCAAGACCCGUCUUCACUUUUGGGGAAAGUGCAUGUAUACGGGGAUUCGAUUCUUCGUGGUCUUCAGGACAAUUUGGAACUGGAGACUGAAGUAUUUUGUGUUCCUGGCUGUACUAUUAAGGCCUUGCGAUCGUACAUCAGAAGGAAUAUUGUAGCUACUGACGAUAUUGAAGUUGUAUUUAUCCACGUAGGAACAAAUAAUUUGUCUUCAAGUGUUUGGGAUUGGGAUAGGAGUGCCUAUACAGAUUUAUACAUUACAGUUAGGGAGAAGUAUCCCACUUCAAAGAUUAUUUUUAGUGCCAUUUUACCUCGCUGGGAUUUUCAGCUUUUGUACGAAGCCAGUGUUUACUAUAAUCUUAAGCUUCAUUCUCUCACUACUUCUUUCUCUAACUGUGCUUUUGUAGAUCUUUCUUCAAGCUAUUCUUUGUACAGUGACUUAUUUUUGUUUGAUGGACUGCACCUCAAUUUCUUUGGAAAGAAGAUCUUUGCAGAGGAAGUUAAGUCAGCAAUAAUUAAAUGUACAUGUAUAUCUGUGCGCCGUUCAAGUAACAAGUAUGUUCCAGUGGAAUUGAAGAAGUUGUGGUCACCUCGACGCAUAAAAAAGAAGAAGAUAAAUAUGCCUCUUUCUACUCCACCUACUUCUCUGUCGUCUGCUUCUUCAACUGCUUCUACUGCAUCUGCUUCUUCUACAUCUACUUCUACAUCUGCUUCUUCGACUGCUUCUACCUCAUCUGCUUCUUCAACUGCUUCUACUUCAUCUGCUCCUUCAACUGCUUCUACCUCAUCUUCUUCUGCAACUGCUUCUACCUCAUCUUCUUCUGCAACUGCUUCUACCUCAUCUGCUUCUGCAACUACUUCUACCUCAUCUAUUUCUUCUUCAACUGCUCGACCCUCGCCACGGUCAUGGCACCGUCGGCGAAAGAAGAAGAAGAAGAAGCAUCUACCCCGUCUGGAGGAAGGGUUCAUCAUUCCUCGUUAUACAGCCAGAGAACCAGAGCUGCCCCCACUUCCACCCAACCAGUACAGACCAAAUACUUCGACUCAAGUCCUUAUACCUUAUGUUUCUGUAUUCUCCGCUUCUUUUCGAGUUUCUUACUCUUUCAGUGAUUUACCAUUACCAAGGUCUCAUUCACAGUAUGUUCAACAAAAAAAAAAGCAGAGGGCGAGGCGACACCGCGUGAGAGCCAGCAAACGCAAGAGAGACAGAAAAAAGAUGACGCUGUUCUACAAGCACUCCUGUUUCAACUUUCUGCUGGGGUGAAGCCUAGACCAUGCCAGAAGGAAGAAUGUGGCCCAUGUGCCUUAUGCAACAAAAAAAGAUUAACAAGGUAUUGUCAUCUAAUUAAUAUGGAUUCCCAAGCAAUAAUUAAUAUAAUACGUGAAAAAUAUGAGAAUGUAAGUGAUGUAGAUUGUAUUUGUAAUGCUUGUAGACAAAAAUUUAGUACCAAAGUAAAAAAUAGUUCAUAUACACCUCAAAAAACCAGAAAAAAAGAAAGAAAAGAUCUCUGUAGUUUAUCAUGCGCAUCUGAAUGUGCCAGUGUCUCAACAGUUGAGGCAUCAGAUAUAUCGUUACAGGAAUUUAAUUCGGCCUUUUCUCUUAAUCUUGAAGAAAUUCCCAAGCCUACUCUAUUUUGCCAAAAACAUAGGGCUCAAAUGUCAAACUAUCAGGUGAUCAACAAGUGUGCUGUAUGUAGUUAUAUAGUUAAAUCAUCACAAAAGAAAUAUAUCCUGUAUGAUCAUAAAAACAUAGAUAGAAACCUACUGAAAAUAAUCAAUACUGACUUUGUCGAGGGUGAAAAAGAUAUUGUAUGUAAACAAUGUUACAAAUUUUCAUUUACAGGACGUGUUGUAUCUGAAGUUGAUGUGGAAAAUAUGGAGAGAGUGCUAAUGUUAGAUGAAGAAAAAUUGUCGGGUUCUAACUUAGUAUUAGACAAAAUAUGUAACAACACAUUCAAACAGAUUUGUACUUGGACUAAAACUGAUUAUGCAUUUUUGUUGACAAAUGCAUAUGACUUCUUUCUUGUAGAAUUAGAAAAACAAUUUGCACCAGAUUCGUAUGCAUAUCAUGAUGCUUUUAGAACAUGUUCAUGGUUAUUGACCAAAAUUCUGACCACUUUUGGAAAUCUUUUUUCUGUUCAUAGAAUGUCAAAAAAGAAAGGAGUUUUGUUCUAUGUGAAAAACAUACAGCAUGAUCAGCUGAUUAGUAGUCUACACAAUUCUCAUUCAAAAAUUAGAUAUUUAUUGAAGAAAGGUAAUGAUAACUCUGAAGAUGUAUAUGUAGAUCGAGAUUGUGAACGUGCUAUCCAUGAGGAAGGUUCUUUAGGUGCACUUUUGAGUGAUGGGAAUAAACGACUUAAGCAGCAAACCAAAAAUAUAAAUGAAACUUUCAUAUCCAGUCCACUAGCUGUAGCUGAUUUUAAUCUUAUAGAUGCUGUAUCAUCAUUCGACCCUAUUAUUUGGAACAUUGUGAGUUUGCUCACUUCAAAUCUAGAAGAAAUGCGUUUUUUCAAACAGUCUUCCAUUUGCAUCACUAAAGACCACAUUAGAUUUCCCAAUGAAAGUACCUCCCAUGGUAUGCAAAGAACAAUCAGAAGGAUAGUUAUAGUUUUUAUUUUGCAGUUUGCAUUGACUGAUACAUGUACUUAUCCCUUCCACAUUAUAAUUGCAAAUAUUGUUAAGAGAAUGUCGCACUCUUCAAAGUUACUUAAAAUAAUGAAUAGGUUAGGUUUGUGCUGUUCAGAAUCCACCCUUGAUAGAUUUUUACAGCAUGUCAAAGAUGAUAGAGAUGCAAAUGGAUCUUUGUCAUCACUUAAUAAUAAUUCUUUUACACAUGUAAGUAUAGAUAAUAUUGAUGUUCUUGCAUCCCAUGCUGCUGUGACUGCAGACCAAGUACGUAGCUGGCAUGGUACAUCAAUCAUGGCGCAGCAACCAAAACCUGAUAGUGAAGUUUUGCACAGUACUUUUGAAAGAUUAGACAUUCCAAGUACCAGUACUGCUGUAUCCAUUCCAAGUACCAGUACUGCUGUAUCCAUUCCAAGAACCAAAAAGCCAUCCGCUCGAAAAAAGAUAAAACUGUCUCACCCUCUCGAUGUUCCCACCAAAGAUUAUUUUCAACCAACGCAAUUUAAAACAUAUAUACGAUCACAGAUUUCUUGGGAAACUUUUAUUCCUUCAGAGCUAGAGAAAAAUAUGAUAUAUACUCUUAAUAAUGACAUGUUCCUUUAUGUCUUAGAAAGAUAUUCACGUACAAGAAGUGAGGAGCCAUCAAUACCAUUAUUGCCAAGUUUUAAAUGCAAGAUGCUCCUAGAUAGUCAAAAUCCCACAACUGAAAAGUCCCAGUUCUCAUAUCUAUAUGUAUUAGACGAACCAGCAGACACUAAGCAAACUUUACAAAAAUCAAUUCAACUUUUGUAUGAUCUUUUCGAAAUCGGAAGGAAUGUCAAUCAUUUGAUUGUAGCAGGCGAUGGAGCAACUUUCAAAAUGUUGUUAAAUAUUAAACGUGAAUAUGGUGCAGCACUAGAUUGGUUAAUUCCAUACAUCGGAGAUUGGCAUCUAUUGAAAAACUAUCAAGAAGUCUUGAUGAAGAUCUUUUGGGAUGCGGGGUUAAAGGAUCUGGCUAAAGUAACACACAAAAACAUGACAUUAAACAGCCUUUCAAGUUGCUCAAAUUUCAAACGUACCCAUAAAUUCCUUCUUCAAGUUCACGAAGCUCUUUUUAUGUUCCAAUUUCAAUGUUUUCUUAAUUACAGGGAUGGAAAAUCAAAUAGUGAUUUUUCUAAUGAGAUGUUCUUAGACAAAAUUCAAUCUGUAAUCAAGUCAUUUGAAAUACAUGAUGAUACUUUUGAUACUGGUACUUUUGGUAAAACACAGGAAGAGUUUAAGAAUUCAGAAAUGUAUACAUCUAUGAAGGAUGAGUUCAUGUUAUUUUGUGCUGAGAUGUCUGAAAAACUACACACUUUCAAAUUUUGGAAUGAUUUUAUUCAUAGAGACUGCAUGUCAUACAUCCAGUUGUAUAUAGCUAUACGUUCUGGCAAUUGGGGAUUGAGGAAUGCUGCACUUAAAGAAAUUGCCCCCUUAUUCCAUGCUUGUGAUAGGCAAAAUUAUUCUAAAAUGAUUCCAAUCCAUUUGAGUAUGAUGGAAGCGUUACCUGAACAUAUUCUAGUUCAUUUUAGAAAUGGCGCAUUUGUGUCCAGCAUAAAAGGCAUGAAUUUUUCAUCAGUAGCUUUGGACGAGGCGCAUGAAAUGUUAAUUAACAAACAUUGUAAGAUGGCCCUUUGUAGAAGCCUUCCCAAAAAUAUGGAAAAAAUUGCUGGUACAAUACAGUACCAAGCAAAAUUAAUUACUCAUUUUGAGGAACAGUUAGAAUUUUUAAAUCCUUCAAAGUCUGUACUUCACAGAGAUCUUUCUCCGUCAGUCAUUAAAUCUGAAUUUUCAAAUGUUAAAUUGUACCUUGGUAAGCUUUUGGAGAGUAGUAUGUUUUUGCCAGAUCAGGAUUCAGGAUUGUGCCAUGUCUUUACUAGAGUUCCUGCUUCCAAGGAUCAAGAAACAAGUCUACUCUCAUACAGACAGAUAGGUCAGGAUGCUUACUCUUAUUUUUGUAAGUUCCAAAUACUUAAAGACACUAGUGUGGAAAAACCUGUUUUAAGGAAGCAUAAUUUGAAAACAUUUGCUAAACCUAAAGUCACACGUAGAAAGCUUUCAAGCUACCAGAAGGAAGUGAAAAUGGUUACUCUCUGUUGCAAGCGCUUGAUGGCUUCCUCACAAGAAAGAAAUCAACCAAUAAGUACUCUUUGUCAAUUUAUUGAAAAACCUCGAGCUAUUUGUGAUCGUAGCAAUCUACCUCAGAAAGGUGCCAAAUAUGUAAUGUAUAAUAUUUUUGAUAAACGAUAUGGAAGUAAUUAUAAUAUAGUAUCUAGUAGUCCAACCAUUACCCAAAAGGGGGCAUGUCUCAUAGCAGAAGGAAUGAAUAUAAUUUAUACAUCACCACUUAAACAUUAUAGAACAUUUAAUGAGUAUGCAUCUUUUAUUGUUGAUAUUUGGGUUUUGACUCGUUUCAAAAAAGGUUUCAGAGAUGUAAGAAUUUUAUUUGACCAGUUUGAUACACAAGGGAUAUCACCAAAAUGUAUUGAAAGAUCAAGAAGGGAUCAAGGGGAUGAAGACUCUGACUCUACAGUGGAUGAGGUAGUUGAUGAUACUCCUCUUCCUCAGAAUUGGUCAAAAUUUUUACAUAUACGCAAAAACAAACAUGCACUCAUUCGAUACCUGUCAAGGAAAAUUGUAGACAUUGUUAAAAGUCAUUUGCAAGAUGACCAAAUUUUUAUUACUUCUGGGGGAUUUCAUGUUGGGCUACAGUCGUCGCCAGGGUGGUCAGGUGUUGUUGUAACCAGUAAGGGGGUUGAGAACCAUUCUCUUGUACAUAACCAUGAAGAGAGUGACACACAAAUCUUUCUUCAUGUGUAUGAUACUCCUUGUAGUCAUGUGUUAAUUUAUUCUAUCGAUAGGGAUGUUGGCGUUGUUAGCCUACCAUUGAACUUUUCAGAUAAGACGGUCUGUAUACAAUAUAACGCUAAGGUUGGGGAAGAGAAAUAUUUAAAUGUGAACAUGUUGCAAGAUGCUAUAAAGGCAGAUUCUGAUUUGUCUGCAAUUAUUUCCCAAAAUAUUGAUGUUUUGAAGUGUAUCCAAAUGUUAUAUAUAUGCUCUGGGUGUGACUUUGUAUCAUACUUUGCACAUUUGGGCAAAAGUAAGUUUAUGAAUGUAUUCUUUCAAUAUGCAUCUUUCAUUUCAGGAGAAAAUACUCCCUUUAAUAUCGGCAAUUUAUCUUGUAGCACUGUUAAUGGAAAUAGUGACUUGGGUCUCCUCUCAUUCUAUAGGCUAAUUCUUUGUGUUUAUUUUAAAGCCAAGAGGGCUUGUCUUCACCAGUAUGACUCGCCAGUUCAAUUAUUUGCAAGUGUUAAUGGAGAGACAGAAAGAGAACAGCAUGAAAAUGCACUUGAUAAAGUUAGGAAGGCUUCAUGGCUAGGAUGCUAUGAAGAUGAGUUGCUUCCUUCAAAUACUGCUCUUCAAUACCAUUGGUUAAGGUCAUGUUGGGUUAGCACAGUGUGGAGUUUGUGUACCACUCCCCAGUUUCAAUACCCUGAUUUGGUUUCACAUGGUUAUGUAGUAACAUUUGACAAUAAUGUUCCAAUUAUAGAGAUUAUGUGGGACUCUGAAGAAAAUAUGACAGAAAUUCGGAACAAUGUAGCCUUUUUAACAAGGGGAUGUGCAUGUAAAAAAAACAAAUGUGUAAAUAAAAGAUGUAAAUGUAGAAAAAAUGGCAAGUUAUGUGGCCCAGGCUGUCGAUGCAAUGAUUGUUCAAAUGUGUUAGAAAGAUCCCAACCAGAAGUAUGUGAACCUUUAGAUAUUUCUUGUAACAGCGACUCGUCAGAAGAGGAAGGAGAUAUCUCUUCAGAUGAUGAGGAUGAAGAAGUUGUCAAUAAUGUAGAUGAGGCUCUUGAAUUUGAAAUUUUGUUCUCCUCUGAUGAAGAAUUUUCAGAUAUCGAAUCAGACGAAGAAUUACCGGUAGUUUGAUAUCGAUGAGAACUACAUGUACCAGGUAUCCUUUAUAAUUAUGCUCUUGGGUAUCGGGCCUUCACCAAAGUUGUUUCCUGUUUAAAAAUAUUUGAAGAUGCAGCUUUCAUAUCUUUGAAAUAUUUCUAAUAUUAUGUACAUAGUCUAUCACAGAGCAAAUCCGAUGAGAACUAAGGAUUUUUGUUUAAAAUUGUUUUUGUAAACAUUUUACGUAUAGAAUAUACAUGUUUGGUUAUGUUUAGUAGCUUCAGGAAGGAUAUCGUUGUGAUUGAUGUGCCAGGGUGCAUUUCACAGUUUGAAGAUGAUCAUUGAUCAAUAUAUAUGUAUUCCUGUGUUAGUAUCGAUUUUAUUAUGUAUUCAUUUAAAACUAUCUAGUACAUGCACUUUCUAGUGUGUUUAGUUGCCAGCUAAGCAUCAGAACGAUCUUAGGUAAACAUUUAUACAUGAACAUGGUAUAUGCCU